UUAGCGGUUUAUCCCCGCUCCCCGAGCUUGGUGGAGGGGAGAGAGAAGAUGGUUCAGUGAUGAAAAGAUGAGAAGACGGGGGAGAUAGACUGGAUAAAAAUCACAGUGAAAAUGGAUAACCAAAACCAAAACCAAAACUACAGUGAGGCUAAGAAUAGGGACAGAUAAAAAAGGGGAAACACACAGACGUGAAGACAUCAGUAGGACAAGCAUCGGCCAUAACUACAGAAAUGGCCAGUCAGUCCCAGGGAAUCCAGCAGCUCCUGCAAGCAGAGAAGCGGGCGGCUGAGAAGGUGGCAGAUGCCAGAAAGAGGAAGGCCCGGCGUCUGAAGCAGGCAAAGGAGGAAGCACAGAUGGAGGUAGAGCAAUACCGCAGAGAGCAAGAGCAGGAAUUCCAGAGCAAGCAGCAGGCAGCCAUGGGCUCCCAAGGGAACCUCUCUGCUGAGGUGGAGCAGGCUACAAGGUGCCAGGUGCAGGGCAUGCAGAGUUCCCAGCAGAGAAACCGUGAACGUGUCCUGGCUCAGCUUCUUGGCAUGGUCUGUGACGUCAGGCCCCAGGUCCACCCCAACUACCGGAUUGCUGCCUAGGACCCAUCCUAGGCCUGACUCCUCCUGCCAGUUCUUUCCCUCAGAGAAAUCCCCAAAUCAAAAUCACCUUCCACCGUAAUUGGUCUCUCCUUUCCAUUCCUUGGGAAUUCUAGGAGGCAGGACCCAGUAAUUCUCCUGUGAAUUUUAUAAAUAUUCUUCUUAGACCUAAUCUUGUUAUUGUUCUUUAAUCUUCACUGGGACCUCGUAAACUCCCAGGUCACCCUCAUCCAACCCCUCUGUGAAAUCUCUAGCAUGGAGAAGUAGGCACGUGGGAAACACUGACUUCAGAGCCUGACAAGCUUGGGUCCCUCUCCUGACCCUGCCACUUGUUGGUUGUGCAACCAGGACAAGCUGUAUGUAGCCUCAAUGUUCUCCUCUUCCAGACUGGAAUAAUAAUAAUAGUAACACCUAUCUUAUGGGGGUUGCUAUAAUGAUUAGGAAUCAUUCAAUAAAGAGCCUAGUACAGUUUCUGGCAUGUAGUAGCUGUGAUUCAGUAAAUGGCAACCUUGUGAUAUUAUUACCAUCCCCUGUCCACCUGCCAAAACCUAAAUACAGCUGUUUACUCACUUCUGUCUGUGGUUCUCUAAUUCUCCUGACUCAUUUUGUGACCCUAGGAAUUCUCUGAAGAAUUGGUUCUUCCCUCCUCUUUUUUCCCAGAGACCUUAUGAUACCUGAGAAGAUGAAAUCAUGACCUCAUUUAGCCUCUCUACCAUGGUUUCAGGAAGAUGUUGCAUUUCUAAGCCUCUCUUAAGUUUGUGUUUGUCUUUAUUAAAUUUCUCCCUUUACCUAUUUCCCUAAAGUCCCACCAGAUGUUCACUGCUUCCUGCAAUCUAAAGUGAUACUGUGUUCCCAUAUAUGCAUGACCUUCAUUUCCACAUACCCAACACCUUACUUUCCCUUAGUAACAAUAAAAAAUAUCAAUAAAAUAACUAUGGGCAAA